CACGUUACAUAUAGAUAUAUUAGUGGUUUACCCAAUAAUAAAUUAAAAAAACAAGCAUGUCCUCAUCUUCAAGAGCAAGAGCAAGUAGUUUAUCAUUAGGUCAUAAUGAUCCUCUUGUUCUAGGCCGUGUAAUUGGUGAUGUUUUGGAUCCCUUUACAAGUUCUGUCAACAUGAGGGUCGUUUACGGCAAUAACAUUCAAGAGGUUAUCAAUUGUUGUGAAUUAAGACCCUCCCAGAUCAUCAAUAAACCAAGAGUUGAAGUUGGUGGACAUGACCUUAGGACAUUUUACACUCUGAUCAUGGUGGAUCCUGAUGCACCUAGUCCAUGUAAUCCAAGCGAGAGAGAAUAUUUGCACUGGCUGGUAAUCAAUAUUCCCGAAACUACAGAAGCAAACUUUGGAGAAGAGAUAGUGCCGUACGAAAGUCCACGACCAACAGCAGGGAUUCAUCGUAUUGUGUUUGUGCUGUUCCGUCAGACUGGGAGACAGAGCGUUCAUGGUCCUGGGUGGCGUCAAAAUUUCAACACUCGAGAUUUUGCUGAGUUCUAUAAUCUUGGGUUGCCAGUUUCAGCUUUGUAUUUCAUCUGUAAACGAUGAUCAUCACAUAGAAGGUACAAGAAUGAAUCUGCAAUACUAGCUCCAGCUCCAACUAAUUAACGAAGGAUGGAGGAGAUUAAAUAAAUUUCAAGUUCAACGUUAAUAAAAACAUGUAUACAUAUAUGCAUGAUUAAGUAUGUAACUAACAUGCUAAAUUGUGGCACAUAGUAGUGUCAUAAUGGUCAUAAAUAACUGAAUUGAGAGUUUUCUGUUACAAUGAUAAAUGGGAAGGUGCUAUCAAGAAUAAUAAUAUUGAUUGUCGUUAAUAAGUGGAUAAAUGACCUAUCAUUGUUGGGAUAUUAUUUUAAAAAGCAGUAAUGUUAAAAAGAAAAAAAAAUAAAUAAUUUAAAUUUAUCUUAUUUAAUAUUUAUUUGUUA